UUGACAUUGAGAACUAUAAAUCUCGUGGCAGCUAUGCUCUAGAUGGAGAGAGUGAGAUAGUUCAAAUAUCUGCUCCAUUUGCUUUGGUAAAUGGAAGACCAGUGUCUGGCUGUGUAGGAGAAACAAUUGUAAAUGCAACCACUGUAAAAAAUAUUACAGAUGACUCAUUGGAUUUAUCAUCAAUAAAGAUUUAUGACUCGAAACCUGAGGAUACUUUCACACUUUCUUUGAUGGAGCCUCCAACAGCAACUUCUGAUGUUGAUUGUAUUGAAGAAUUUGUGGAAACCUUUAGUGUGGAGGAUAAAACACUGAGGCCAGGGCAAACUUUAACUGUUUGGCUAUCUUGUAAACCCAAGGAAAUUGGACUGCACACAUCAGCUGUACACUUUAAUGUUGGUGAUGAGACAAUAGAGCGUCUGGUUUUUGUUUUGGCAGAAGACAAGGUUUCCCAGUCCUUAGUUUCAAACUGGGAUAAUAUCCCACCACCUGAAUCUGGUUAUUAUCAUUGGGAAGAUAUCCCACCACAUGCAUCUGUUAAUAAUUGGAAUACUAUCCCGCCAACUGAUGAAUCUGGUUAUAAUUGGAAGACUUCCCAGUUCCCACCACCUGUUACCGAUGAAAAUGAAAGGUCCGUCGAUGGCCGGAAGCAAUACUAAUAGUGGGAAAGAAAGCUUACUUGCAAUGGAAAUGAAUUGUUUAUUGAUGUUAGCCUGCAAUAUUAGGCAUUAAGGAGUUCCAAAGAAGUUGUUCUUUCUGAUUGUCGUUGUAAUUAAGUUGGGUCAGGUAUAGCGUAAAUUAUACCGUACACCCGGUUGUACGGUGCUCACCGUACAACCGGGUAUUUUUGCAAUUAACUACAACUCCAGUGGUAAAUAUGAUGUAAUCGAUCGGAUCUUCUCUGUUGUGCUUGAGCUGUUGGAUUGUGAGGGAUUCGGUGGUGUCCAGGUGUUGUUCGCCGGUCGUGGGAGUUGAUGAAGAAGCUGGAUGCCUGGAUAACUGGAUUGAUGUCUGCUCGCUGGCGUCUUGAUGAAGGAGAAUCAGGGGCGGCUUGGCCUUCUAUCCAGCUAAAUGCAAACUCUUCUGUCCAAAAAAAAUUCCAGAUCUCAAAUUCCACUGACAAUUUUUAGCUUUUCUUUUUUGAACGGUUGACAAUUUAUGUUAAUCAUCUAACAUACUUUAAUUAUUUUAACUAUCAUAUGAUUUGCAAUUUCAUAGAUUGUAUUUUAAUAUUGUGAAAAUAUUUUCAGCUUGUUUAUUA